ACCAGGCUUCCCUGGUUUGAAAAUUGAAAACCCAAACCCCUCAAUUUCUGCUUGACAAAACCUAGAAGAAGGGAGAAGUCACUACAUGCUUGCUCACCACUGUCACCACUCCAGCAUCAUCUUGUCUGAACAAGAUUGAGAAAGCAACCUUUGUCCAUGUCUCCAACACCAUCACCACCACAUGUCCUCUUGAAGAAUCGCUUUCUCAGCUUCUUGAUCUGGCAAUCCAUUCCUUCCUUCCUCAUCUUCCUCUUCUUCUUCUCCACUCUCCCAAACCCUCCACUAUGGUCCUUCCUCCCCUUCCUCUCCUUCCUCCUCCUCUUCUCCAUCACACUCUCCCUCAUCGCUUCCCCUUACCCCCUCCUCCCCUCCACCGACUUCCGCCGCCGACUCAACCUCUACUUCAACUUCUCCCUCUUCGUUGCCGCCUCCGCCGCAUCCGGCUUCUCCGCCGCGGUAUCCCUCUGCGGGGUUAGCUCUGUUGGGAGAGUGGGGCUUAGAGGUUUCCUCGUCGGUUCGCUUUUCGGGCUGCAUUACAUUUUCAAGCGGAGAUGGGUUUUGGAGUUUCCGAUCAUUCAGCGUCCUCCGUUUUUCAGCUUCAAGAUGGGAAUUCCUGCAGCCGCUAAGCGAGCUUUGAAGCUCUCCACUGUUGCUUUCUUCUUCUCGGCUGUUUUGUUGGAGAUUCUGCCACAUCCGUUUAAGUGCAGUGUUGCUACUAGAGCUUUCUUCGUUGAGCAGAUUGUGUUUUCUUUUGCGAGUUUUGCUGUCUUCCUUUGCUGGGAAGUGACUCAUCAUUUGCACAGGGUUUUACAUACUAAGAGAUCCAUAUUUGCUCCUCCAAAAGGAUCUGCAGCAGCAGAAACAAAUCCAAGUGAGCAUCUCCUUUCAGCUUUGGAGGAGAGUAAUCCAACAUCUCUUCUUCGGUAUCUUGCAUAUCUUGAUCUCUGCAUGGUUUGCGAGAACAAUGUUGAUACUUGGCGGCGUGCAGCAUUUUUUGAAGAAACUGGUGAGACAUACAAAAGAGUAAUUGCUGUGUGCUUGAGGCCUCUAGAGCACCUUGCCUCCAGAUUAGGUGAAGGAUUAGGAAAUUCUCCUGACAAACCUGCACAACUAUCGAAUCAAUUAUUGUCCCCAACAGAUGCACGGCUAGAUUUGAAGAAUGGAGAAGAACUGUACAACUUCCAGCUACAUGCAUGUUGUUCAAGGAUUGUUGCCUCACUGACUGCCUGCUCACGUAAAGAGGAUAAGUUUGGGGUUGCUCAGCUUUCUGGGAGUAAUGCUGCAGUGGUUUCGACACUGAUAUCCUGCCUACUUGCUGUCGAAAAUUUCAUGGGAAAGAAAACAAACCUGCAAUCUCCAAAUCAGUUGUUGGGACCUGCCGGAAUCAAAUGGGCAACCGCAAACAGUGGAAGAGUAGAUGUUCCUGCUGUCAAAAGAAGAACUGGCCCAGUAAAUCCAAAAGCAUACGCUAUCGCUGAUGUUCUCAGGACUUCAAUCUACCAAAUUGUCUCUGCUUUCCAUGAUGAGAUGUUGGCUGGUUCUAAAGCAAGUCUUCUGGAGAAGGAUUGGAUCACUAGUGGGAAACCGCUUUUUGGUACUCAUGAGAUGCUUAUACAGAAAUUACGUCUUUUCCUUGAUUUUAGAGCUACCUGAAAUGGUGCAUUGACUGAGGUUUUGAAUUUGGAUGAUUAUUUUCUGGAUUAAACAAUAUGCUUGUGAGACACAUAGAUUGUUAUCAAGAGGAGGUAUAGAUGGAAUGGAAGGAAAAGGUUCAAUUUUGCUGUCAGAAAUUUGUGAUGAAGGAUAUUAAUCUGUAGCAUUUAUGUUGAAUUUACUUGCAUUGGCGGGUAAGUUAUCUUUUGGAUUUGCUUCUUCUUGACAA